GAUCUCUCGCUCCAGAAAACCAGCAUGAAUCCAUCAGAAUGGUUUAGCGAAAUUUCUAACGAACUUUGGCCGGGUCAAUGCUUCUCGGUGAAGGUAAAGCAGGUGCUGCACGAGGAACGAUCCAAGUUCCAGGAUAUUAAGGUCAUCCAAAGUGAAUCGCACGGUGUGGUGCUGAUUCUGGACGGCAUCAUCCAGUGUACGGAGCGGGAUGAGUUCGCUUAUCAGGAAAUGAUUUCCUUCCUACCGCUCUGCUGCCAUCCGAACCCUCAGCGGGUGCUGAUCGUUGGCGGUGGUGAUGGUGGUGUGGCGCGCGAAGUUGUCAAGCAUCCGGCCGUGCUGGAGGUGCACCAGGUCGAGAUCGAUGACCGGGUGGUGGAACUGUCCAAGAAGUAUCUCCCGUUUAUGGCGUGCGGGUUUGAAUCGCCCAAACUGCGGCUUACGAUUGGCGAUGGGUUUGAGUACAUGAAACAGCACGAAGGAGCGUUCGAUGUUAUCAUUACGGACAGCAGCGAUCCGAUCGGACCGGCCGAAUCACUGUUCCGGGAGUCUUACUUUGAACUGGUAAAGCGAGCGCUCAAACCGAACGGUAUCAUCUGUUCGCAGGGUGGUAGCUUUUGGCUGGAUGCUGGACAUGUGCGGGAAACGCUCGACUACUGUCGGAAACAUUUCCCGCGCGUAACGUACGGAGUGGCGGCCGUUCCGUCGUAUCCUACCGGACAGAUUGGAUUCUUCAUCGCUAGCCUUAAUCCGGAAACCGAUUUUAGGGAACCGGCACGCAAGUUUGACGACACAGAGAUCGAUCAGAUGGGACUGCGAUACUACACAACCGAUGUGCAUCGGGCUGCCUUCACGCUGCCAAGGUUUGCGGCAAAAGCACUCAACCCGUAG